CCUAUAAAUUCUUUAGCUGACAAUCUCCUUGCAAUCACCUCCCACUUCCCAUUUUGGUCAAUUAUUUUGUAUCAACAGAGAAAAAACUGGAAAUGAAGCCCAGCUUUGUAAUACUACUCCAUCUCAUACUAAUGAUAAUUCUUCUUGUUUCAACCCAUGCAAGCAUAACAGAACCUCCAGCACCUCAGGCUCAACCUCCCAAUACUUCCCCUAUGUAUGGUAGCACUCCUGGUAGCCUCCAUCCUCAAGAGUGUGCACCUAGGUGCACAUACAGAUGCUCAAAGACAGCAUUCAAGAAGCCGUGUAUGUUUUUCUGUGAAAAAUGUUGCACAAAAUGCCUUUGUGUUCCUCCAGGGACCUAUGGAAACAAACAAUUUUGCCCUUGCUACAAUGAAUGGAAGACUAAGAGAGGAGGCCCUAAAUGCCCUUAAUGCCUUAACCUUUUUUUCCCUCCCAAUUAAGUUCCUAAUUGGUUGUAUGCAUUCCUUGAUUAGUUAAAAAAUUAUGUGUUGGCCCAACAUGAUUAAAUGUACUAAUUUAGUUUUGGACGUUCAUUGAGAUUGCUCAAUAAGAUCAAUUUUCAUUUGGACUGUCCAAUAUCAUGUCUAAUUUACGCAAAUGUUCCUUUUUA